AUGCCUCAGGCAGAAUACGUACCCCUCUCGACCAGGGACGACGACGACAAUGACGCGGCGCACUUUGAGCCGCAGCAUAGACGACGACGUGCCGGGUUCCGUCUCGGCUCUGCGCGCGCGCGGACAGCUAUCGGCCUCGUCGGGCUGGUGCUCGCGUUUGCGUCCCUCGUCGGGCUGGGAUGGACGCACUAUGGCGGAUCGUCGAGCGCCUUGCACGACGUGGUCAACGACAUGGACCAAGGCGGCGGCGGCAGCAGCGGGGACGCCGAUCCCGACCCGGAACCGACGCACCCAGACGACGACCUGGGCGAGAUUGGUGACAACCCAUAUUUCCAAAAGGGCGAUACCUGGCAGCACAACCUCGAGGUCAUCAAGCGCCUGGAGCGAUGCGAAGAGUUGGGCUUCUUGGUGGAUACACACGACCCCAGCGCGCCGCGUCGCGGCGUGGCCCAAGAGGCCGAGGCGGCCAUGGAGGGGUGUGGAUGGAACGAGACGACGGUCGUCAUCUUGGCAAGUUACUGGCUCGCCGACGCCGUGGGCGGAACAGACAACACGGGCGAGACGGUGUAUGCCCAGUCGACCAUCAGCACGCUCCAGGCCAACGGCUACGCCGUGCUCUACUCGUCCUUGGGGUGGCUCAACCACGACAUGAGGCGCACAACAGAGUAUUACCAGCGCUGGCACAAGAACGUCCGUCUGGUCCUUGCCGAUCCGGAGCAGAUUGAUGUGUGCUUCGACAAGGACCAGGCCGACGGGCAAAAGUGCCUCAAGACAGAGGACAACUUGGACGGCAUCCCGGCGUGGAAGCUGCUGGCGUGGUGGUACUGGGACGACCCCGGAACACCCCUUGGACCGGGCUUCACCCUCUCCCCGGCCAACACCAACGCCAACCAUUUCCUCUCGUUCUCCAUCGAGCCCUCGUGCAAGCGGCUCCCGUACGUCACGCACGCCGAGCGCAAAAAGCCCGACCAGGCGUACGUCCUCGCCAAGCAGGUGCACUACCUCGGCCCCCAGGCCAGUGAAAAGUAUGGCCGGUUCACGUGGACCCUUGACGCGUUUACCUCCAUCAAGGCCGAGCUGAACGUUUCCUUUGCGGGCGGGUUUGUCAAUGACGAAAAGGAGACGCUCAAGGCGGUCCUGGAUGCCGGGAUUAUCAAUUACGGCCCGUUGAACAAGGUCCAGUUCUACACCCAGCUGGCAGAGAGCUUUGUGCUCGUCGGCGUCGGGCAGCCGCGGAUCUCCCCGAGUCCAUGGGACGCGCUGUGCCAGGGCGUGCCGUUUAUCAACCCGAUUCUCUCGUGGGACGAAAACGACCCCACAGACCGCAAGGCAUGGCGGCUCCAGCAAUGGCACAUGGUCAACCUUGAUCCGCCAUACGUCUACUCGGUGCGCGCCGACGACCUUGUCGGACUGCACAACGCCGUCGGCAAUGCCUUGACACACCCCAUCGACUCGUACAUUCCCGACAACAUGAAGUUUGACUGGGUCACGAACCGCAUGGCCGAGGUCGUCGAGGGCGACUGGCGCGGGAAGGGCGAAGAGGUGCUGGAGCAGUGGAAGGAGGAGGGUAAAGCCCUGUUUGUCAUGUAG